UUUAAAGUCAUUUCUUUCAUUCCAGGGUCGUAAUGUUUCAAAUGUAGUUGGUAUGAUUGAAGUUGUCCGAAAGCACAACGAAAAUCACAGAGACGUUAAGCCCAUCAUCAUUUCUGUUGAACUGGAGAAGGCCAAACCUGAACUCAGCAGCCUCAUACCAAAAGCCGACAUAAUUUUUGUGUCCAAAGACUAUGCUCAAUUCCAAGGAUAUACUGAUAUGGCAGAGACAAUUGAUAAAAUUCAUAUUGAGACAAGGCCAGGAUCCUUGGUGAUAUGCCCUUGGGGAGAGAAAGGUGCUAGUGCUAGAAUGAAGGAAGGCAAACUUGUGUCAAGCCAGGCUUUCCCCCCAGAACAUGUGGUGGAUACAUUAGGAGCUGGUGACACCUUCAUUGCUGCUACUAUAUUUGCACUAGAUCUAGGACACAAGCCAGAAGACAGCAUACUGUUUGGGUGUCGUGUAGCAGGAGCCAAAGUUGGAGUUCGAGGGUGGGAACCCCUGAGGCAUCUAUUCAAGGGCAGUGACUUCCUGUCAUCUAUGGAAGAUUCAGGCAGCAGGAGGAGUGUUAUGAAUACCACCUGAUACUGGGAAUUUCUUCCAGACAGUAGCAUGGGAGCUAAUGUGGAGGGAGUGGUAUGUGCAGCUUGGGUAUAUUUGUUGGUGCUAUUAGUAAUUUGGCAGUUGUUCUUCUCUGAUAAUGAUGAUGAGGAAGAAUGGCUUUGAUGGUAUCAAAAUUUAGAUUUUUAUUUACUUUCACAUUACAGUAAAGUAUGUGUUCUCUAUGGCUCUGCAGUGUAAUCUGUUUGUCAGCAUCUCUUAGAUAAGAAGUGUAUUGCCAGGUUAUGAUCUAAUGUUUUUUUUACAUUAAUAUUUGCUUUCAUCUAAGGAAACCUUCUGUAAUUUAGGUUUUUAGAAUAGGAUCUCAUUAAUUUUCUUUGAUAUAAAAUUUCCUCUGUCUUGUUGAGAUUUUUUACAGGUUUCAGAAGAUUGAGUGAAAAGAUUAUCAUAAUUAGAAAUUUAUAUUUCUCCAUUGGUCUUUGAGUUCAGCUUCUGGGACAUAGAUAAGGAGAAAAAUAACAUUCAUACCCAUUGUAAAUAUACAUAUUGUUUCUUCAAGAAACUAACUUAUGUAUAUUUUUAUAUACUACAAGGAAUCAUAAACAUAUGGUGUCUGAAAGGAUAUAUUCUGGAAUACCUUUUCAUUGCAUAAAUAUAGAGUGACUGCAGACAUUAUCUCAGUGACAGGUGGGUUAAUAUUCAUGUGAGGAUGUAAACCUAAAUUUGCAUGGGUACAUUUGGUAUUACUUAAAGCUGUUACUAGUGCUUCAUUUGUGCUAGUAGCAAAGUAGUGUAAUCAUAUUGUAUAUUGUACCAUAGCUAAAUUUAGUAAAUUCAUGUAUAUAUCAGCAAAGCUUGAAAUUUCUUAUUAGUUAAACUUAUAGGAUAUGUUAAUAUUGCUUACAAAAAUUCUUUGCAAAUAUUGUGUAUUACAAAUUAUUGCCUACCUCAGUGUGUGUGGACAGAGUACUUAGUAUAUUUAAAAAUGGCCUUAGACAAGACCUUUGUACAGUGAGUUCUGAAGCAUGUAUUGAACAGCCAAAUAGUGUAAAUUUUGUUGGUUAUAAAAGGAUGGUUUUGAAAGAAUGUUCAUGAUAUACAA